UUGGUUCGCCAUGACUCCGUUAUCGCCAGUAUGGGCCACUCGCUGCGACUGGUGACAUAGAACCGAAUGAAUUGAAAAGAUUCCUUAUUGCGCGUACAUAACAGCGCCAGAAUGGACGUCUGCUUUGAGCGCAUUCGACCUUCCCAUAAUUUCCCUAGUGUCCCUAGUGUGGGGCGUGGCUGGAGCCCAGUCAAAACAACGUUGGCGCCUAGCUGUCACGCCCAACUUGCGCCGGCAACGCCUUUGUCUCGCAUUUGCUUCGGACUCCCGUGCGCAGCUGCCUUUUAUUCCGGUACCUGUCAUCUGAAACCAGCACUAGCUCAUUCACCGAAGUCAUACUUUGCCACGGCCACAUCAACUGCAGCAAUGUCAGUGGAUCUGACUACUGCAAUCGUUGCUUUUACCAUAGACCUCUACAAGCAACUUCUUUCAGAGAGUGAUGGAACAAAGAACAUUGUCGUCUCCCCAUUCAGCAUCGCAGCUGCUUUGUCAAUGACUCUUGCAGGUGCCAAAGAGCACACUGCUACUGAAAUCACCAAUGCCUUGCACACAAAUGAUGAUUUGAUCCAUGCACAGUUUUCCGAAUUCUUUGCCAAAGUUGAAACUUAUGCACCUGAUGUGAUGUUGAAUGUUGCAAAUCGCCUGUACUCAGAAAAGACGUUCAUGGUCCUGGAAGACUACCUAUCCACAUUGAAGAAAUAUUACAACAGCACUGUGAUGCCGGUUGAUUUCAAGAAUGAUGCUGAAGCAGCCAGACUUGCAAUGAAUGCCUGGGUAGAAGAAACCACGAAGUCAAAGAUCAAGGACCUUCUUCCCAAUGGUGUUGUGGAUUCUGACACUGCGCUUGUGUUGAUCAAUGCCAUUUACUUCAAGGGUCUGUGGAAAGAUCAGUUCAACCCCAAGGCAACUACCCUGCAGGAGUUUUACAGAUCCAAAGAAACAGUUAAGGAGGUCCACAUGAUGUACAAGCAGUCACACUUUAAGAUCAACACCAAAUGCACAGACUUGAAUGCUGAUGCAAUUGAAAUCCCAUACAAAGGUGGCAAGACGUCUAUGGUGAUCAUUCUGCCCCAUGAAGUUGACGGCCUUCCAGAUCUGGAGGCAACGCUUACGCCGUCAAAGCUGUUGGACGUCCUGAAUGGUCUCGAUUCAAAAAUGGUCGGUCUCAGUCUCCCACGAUUCAGAAUUGAGUACAGCGUAAACUUAAAGAAAACACUUAAUGUGAUGGGCAUAAGAGACUUGUUCACUAACAAGGCAGAUCUGUCAGGAAUAGAUGGGAAAAAAGACCUCAUGGUCUCAGCUGCUGUUCACAAAGCCUUUGUGGAGGUUAACGAGGAAGGCACAGAGGCAGCAGCUGCUACAGCGAUGGUGAUAAGGAAAAAGUGUGCUGUCAGGGCCAUUCAUUUCACAGUUGACCACCCGUUCAUGUUCUUCAUUCGAAGUCAUGACCCGGAUGUCAUUCUUUUUGCAGGCUCAGUACGAGAUGUAUAGCAGUUUAGGGGAGCUGGAUGUUCAAAGAUUUGUCCAGUGAUUGUCAGUGCAUUAUGAGAGGUGUAACCAGACUGUGUAAUAAUACUCUGCAGUCAGGGGCAUCGUCAUGUGCAUCAUGAAGGGCUCUGUAGUGGCUCCUCGACUAUAGCUUUCUGGUGCUGAGUGCAGGAUGAUGGUUUCAAUUGCUUUUUAUGGAGGCCGCAUACUGAAUUGGGCCGAAUGCAAAGGACACUUAUGUAGCAGGCUUUAUGUGCAAGAAUGUAAGAAAACACCUUCGCAUAUAUCUGUGCAGGAGAACACUGCAGUACUGCAGUUCCUGAAGUCGACAGACAUUAGAUAGCAACUGUGGUUCUGCUGUGCAUCUAAACAAAGUGACGCGUGAGCGCAGAGUGGCACCAGUGCCCAGUGAAAGUUGGCCAUGCUCUCUAGGAUUGAAACUUCGACGAGUUGAUGCAUAAACUUCUACGUACAUAGCACACAAGGACGAAACAUGUCAUCAUUGUGUGCACUGUACAAAGACGCUUUUGCUCUAGCAAUAAGUGUUUUCUCUCCUUAAUUUCUUUCUUUUUGUCGUCUAACCUUCUUUUCCCUGCGUACGAUAGCAAGCAGGAGGUGUGUGUGGUUGAUAUCUCUGUCUUUUCUUCAUCUUUCUCUCUCUCUCUUUCACGGUUUCAUGACGAGAAAUGACAAGCACUGCUGCAAUAUGUUUUUGCACGAGUCAUAAUUACAUACACGCUACUCCAGUGUGAAGUGUUAUUGAAGUGCUUUCUGAAUGAUGGUAGCUUGUUUUAUAUGGUAUCAUGCGGAAGUUGCGAUGUUGUCACAGCGGAACCUUUUUGUGCAAUAUUCGGCCAUUGCAGAGUGUGCAUUAGGUAGCGAGAUAUGCUAUGUGUCCUGAACACCACUGCAUCACGAUCUAUCAGUCCAGGCCUCAAUUUCAAUAUCUCAAUGUUGUUGCUGCUUUUUUUUAUAAAUCUGUGGCCUUUCAUUGUACUGCCAAUGCAUUUGGGACAUUCUGAGCAGGCAUGGUCCAGCAUCAGUGUCGAUAGCUAUUAAUAUUUGUAGUUUGUUCAUAGAUGACUCGUUUGUGCUUUCAUUACUGUUAAGUUUCUUAACACACGUCUAGAAUAAAGUAAAGAGUAAAUGCAGAGUGGUCCAUUUUUCUGAUUCAUUCACUAAAGAUGGUGAAAAUAUGUGUGCUUUUCAAAUGUCAGUGAUCUAUAGACACCUCUUACAUUGAGUUUACUAAUCGUGCCUAUAACUUUAUUAUCUUUUAGUACUGUUUCAAUCAAAGGUGAGAACCAGCUGUUCAUUUGUCUAGCAGUUGUAUGCUUUCUGGGAUGUGCUAUUUCCAGUAAAAUAAAGUUUAAGUGCCUGCGUAUGUACUGCUGAAAAUCGAAAAAUUGACUGUGGUGCUUAAAUGAUCAGGCUUUUUUUUUGUACCUUGAUGCAUGUUCACAGUGGAUCUUUGGUGGACAUGUUCUGAAAACUUGAUAGCAUCAGCUGUGCAGAUUAUCAGCUGUAGAAGGGGCGUGCAUUUUUGGGGGUCUCAGUUGAAAACGAUAAUGCACCUUAAAAUGUGGAUCAGUAAUCUUUUGUAGUUUGGUGUUCAUCUUUAAAUUCAUGGUGUGUUUUGUGCAGUAUUUUACAUACCUGUUGUCAGCUAUGAACAGCACGUUCUGAACAUUUCGUGAGGCUGGCUACUUGUUUUGGUUACUGCAUGUUGGUUAUAUUACACUGCUGCUGAUGUGCUCCCAGCAUGUCAGAGUUGAGAUUCUCUGAGCCAUAUUUGUUGUUUGUACUAUUGGGCUAUGCUUCAAAAUGUUUUUAUACUUGAUUAUACUGUUGCUCGUGUUUGUUUUAAUCAUGACAGAAUAAAAUGCUUGUUGCUUG